UUAUUUUAUCUCUUUAUUCUAUAAGGAAGUGCCUUUAAUAUAUAAGAGAUGGCGUUAGCGGUUAAUUCUGCUCCAUAAAACUGCGUGAUAGUCCUGCGUACUGGUUCUGCGCAUGUACGUAGUUCUAAAAGUACGUUCAGCAAUUUGGAGGGAAAUCUGUGGUAGUCGUAGAUUAAUUUAUUGCGUAUCUUUACAAAUUUUGUGUAAAUUAUCAGUUAUUUGUGCAAAAUGGAGCCUUUAUUUCAAUUACAUAUUAAGGAUAUCGAUAUUUUGCUUAUAAAUACAAAGGAGAGAUUGAUGUUAGGCGAUGAAUAUUCUCAGAUCAAAUGCAUCGAUCGAAUAUCCAACUUAUUCAAAAAUGGUGACGUUGUGAAGAAAGAGGCAGCUCUUUCAAAGUUAAUCAAGUUCGACAUACUUUCGAUUAUAUUUGAAAUUUUACAAACCUCCAGUGAUCGUUUACUUCCAUGUAUUCUUGAUUUUUUGGAUUUGGUAUUAAUAUAUCGAAAGUUUUACGAAAGUCACGUAGCCACAGAUGCCUUGGAUUCCAUUUUGAAAAUUACAGUUUGCAUUCUAAAAUCUCGUUGUAAAGAAACUCAAAUAUUAGAGAAGCUUAUUUCAACUAUUUAUGAUAUACUUUAUAGAGCAGUAGAGUUCAAUAUAGAUUUCAACGUAGUUUGUGUACCAAGACAAGUACUAAUUGUUCUAAAAUCAUUGAUUUUGGAAAAUCUUUGGGAUCAAAAGAUAAAAUUUUCUUCCAUUGUGUUAUUGAAUCUCGUUCUUGAAAACGUUGAUGCUGAAGACGAAUGGGAUGACGGUGUAUAUGAAAUGUGUCACAAAGCUUUCAAUUUAAUGAAAGAAAUCGUCGAAUAUAGCGACGAUGAUGUCUCAGUCUCGUAUGCUGCGAAUGCAUUGUGUGCUGUUUGUUCCUCUUCUACACGGUUAUGCAUCAUGGAAGACGACAAUCGAGGAUUCUUCGAUAAAGUCUCGAAGUUCAAAUCCACUCUGACAAAGACGAUCCGCAUAGUAACGAUGAACACGUUGAUACCUUACAUUAAAAAUACAGAAUCAAACGAAACGGACAGGGUUAAAUUCCAUAAGAAUCUUGUGACUUGUCUGAACAACCUUUACAAGCUGAGCAGUCGCUGUGGUCGCGACAACUUGUCAAACCACUUGACCGCCAACGGAUAUCUGAAGUACUUCUUGCUGUUAACUAUCAGACUUCCAGAAAUCUUACGACGUAGUACAUGCAUGCUAUUAUCACGGAUUAUAAUCACUUUAGCCGAUAAAUCCAUGCCAAUUAUUCAAUCCACAAGUCGAGAAAUAAGCUUUGAAAAUUUGGUGCAUCAAGGAUUAUUGGACCUUCCAAAAGAUCCCGAACAAUGGAUGAACAUCAUAGCUCAUCAUCAAGGGAAUAGCGCGACUGCCUUAAUGACUCUAAUUUACUAUCACUUCCAUGGAACCAGAGAAACCGAUAUGAUAUGCUUGAAAUCACUGAUAGAAAGGAUCGUUAAUCUUCCUAAAUCCGAGCAGACACCGGCUCAAAUUUUGAAAAUUUUAUGGUUUCUGUUCGCUGUUGCGUCCGUAUCGCAUCCAUCGCCGAGAUUGGAACAGGAUUACGACAAAGCUGUGAAACGAUUGGCAGCUGCGUUACAAUAUUCCAAGUUGAACGAUUGUUACACUCAUCACAUAGAUUUGAUGCAUUAUUGUCUGAAUUGCCACGAAUUCCCCAAGGAUCUGCGAAACCGAGCGAUGGAUCUGUGGUUGAUCGAAUCUGAUGGUGAUAUCAAACCAUUGUUAACUCUGGAUUGUGCAAAAGUUGUACAACAUUAUUUAUUGCUUGUUAUACAAACGGGAUACUCGGAUAAGAUAAUCAAUCUUGCGAUGAAGGGGAUUAGAGAGAUGAUACGUGUGGAUAAUUGCAAGGAAAUUGCGGAGAUUACCUGGCACAUAUUGCCUAAUCUUCUUUCAUCUUAUCAACCAUCGAAAGACGAGCAAAUAAAAGCGGUAUUAGAGCUGACCAAUGUGUCAAUUCCGGAUUCCUUAUCACCGAGCAUCAGGAACAGGUGCGCGGACAAUCUUAUAUCCAUCUUCCUACAUCAAGAAGGGGACUUGAAGCUGAGGACACUAGUAAUAAUGCAGUCGUACGCGUUGCUGGUCACGUCCAUGACGGUCAAACCGUUCACGAUUCUAGACAAGUAUUGCAUGGCAUCGAGAUUCUUGGAAGAGUUGCUCGCGCAAGGUUUCUCGAUCGAAACGCCUGAAUUAUCCGCUGUCUGCUUGAAACUCCUCGCGUAUAUUGUACACUGUCAAGAAAAAUCGUCGAUCCAGCGUGGUAAGCCGGUGACGAUUGACGUGCAGAGCUUAGCCGAUUUGCUGUUAAAUACGAGGAGCUACGUCCACUCGUCGAUCAAUGGAAUGCAACUCACGCUGGAACUUUUAACUCAAAAUAUUGACGGAUCACCUGUCAGACUGAACGAGAUCCCUGACGAUCGAGCGGAGGGUUUGAUCAAUCUCUAUGAGAUCCUUCAUACCGUUCAUGAAAGAUGUGAGCCAACUCAAAGAGAUAUUGUGUACCAAUGUCUCCAAGGUGUCUUGAAAUUCUGCCACGUGAACGUCGAGUCUCUGAUGUAUCAUAUGUGCACAUUGAUGAGCAACUAUGAUAUCGUAUCUUCUAUCCUGGAGACGUGCCACGUAAGCUAUCACUUUCUCGAGUUCGUUUCAACCUGGCUCCGCUAUCGAAAAAGAUAUUGCAACGACGAAGGACCGUGGAACGCGAGAUCACUUUGCAAGACUCCGUUCGAGGAAACUUUGGAUCAGAUCAAGAGCUACGUUGAUAUGGUAAAAAAUUUGAGAACCGAUACAGCGUUUUAUAAUCUUCUCUACGCGUUAUCGCAAUAUAAGGAAUAUUUGGGAGAAACGUGAAUGAAAUAUACAGCCUUGAGAAGCUUUGCUUUAACAGUUUAUUCGAUCCGUGCAACAUUGCUCGAUAACAUCGUUAACAUGUUAAAUACGUGCGUACAAAAAGUAGAAAAAGAUCAAUCAUGGACGAAUUUAAUCCGUCCCGGCUUAACUGUUUAACGCGUGCGUUUCAGCGUGAUCCUGAAAUAUAAUGUAUCCAUAGUUUGUUGUGUAUGCUAAAUAGCUUGAUUGCUCUCCUCGCUCUAAAUGCCCCGGCCGGAUAGUGUGUAUUAAAAAUUGUCAUAUUAUUAUUUAUUAUUAUUAUUCGAGAACUGGUCGGACACGAUUUGUGCGGUGCGUCUUUCGCUUGGAAUCCGUGUUCGCCGCCUUUCGCAGUCGCCUCUGCCGUGCUCGGCGUUUCUUUUUCCGAUUUCUUUUCGUGAUGGCAGGUUUUUGUUAUUUUCGCGGGCGAGCAUUGCGCUGCAUGAAACAACCCUUGAAAGAGUUCAAUCUCACGUCGAUCUCACCUUCUUCUAGCUGCAAUCAAACGCUCGAACUUGAAAUAUUUUACGUAAAUAUUUAAAAAAAAAAUGAGAGAGUUUAAGAGCAAUUAAUGAGGGAGUAGUACCUGAUCGAACAAGUAGAUUUCUUUGUAACAGGACGGUGACACGCAUUCGCGAAUGCAUCUUGUUUUGGCGAUGUCGCUUCUUUCCGGUGAUAAGAUCUUGCAAGCGCCGCUUUCUUCGCAAGCCUGCUCGAAUUGCCUGAAGAGAAGUUCCUGCGGGCAACAUUUUGUUAUAAAAAUAUCAGGACUAAAUUCAAAUCCACUCCGUUCGAUUGAUACCGAGUUGAAGAGUCUCUUAGCACGCGAUGGAAAAUGUGAAUAUAGCUAACUGUAUGCUUCUAGCAAACAAUAACGGGAUAAAAUUGAGCGUAACAAUUGGUUCGUGCGUGUUCAAAGAUUAACCCCAAUUAGAGCUCGUAAGAGUUCUAUUAUUGAUGCUGUUGGCGCAUUUAAUUUUCUUUAAAGAUAGUUUCCUUUCUUUUUGUAUGGACAAUACACUGAUACAAAUACUGAUACAAAUAUUGAUACUAAUACUGAUACUAUUUUUAUUUUACUGUGAAGUAAAAGACAAUAGAGAAGUUGAAUUCACAAGAACCGUAUUUUUAUCGAAGACGAUUUUUUUCUCGAAGCAAACUUGAUUACAGUUUCUCGAAAUGGCAAAGAUAUAUCAGCACCAGUGAUAAAAUCGAAGUACGCCUCGAGCACUUUGACUGUUCGAGUUAAUGCCAAAUCGAUUUUACCCCCAUGGCGAAAUCGCGAAAUCACCCGUCGCCUCGUUACGUCCCCCAUGGGGAUGCUGGAUCCACGAUGCGAAGCAAUCCUCGAGUAUCACGCAUCACUGACAAGAUAUCACUGUGAGAGGUCUCUCGAUAAUUUUAACUCGUGGAAUCCUACGCAACUUCCUACAUGGUUCCCUGCCAAUGC